GCCCGCGUCAGUCAGUCCCGCGGCGAGCGGAGUCCGGCCUGAGGAUGGUGUCGAGCGAGGCGGCCCCGCGGAGCGCCCCCAGCGCCUAUUUCAAGCAGACCCACCCCGUCUUCAUGGCGGCCGUCGCGUUCGGCCUGGUGUACCACGGGUGGGUAGUGUUUUCAGCGGAAACGUUUCCCUAUGACUUCCUGGGACCAAUAGGCACCUUCACAAGAUACUUGGCGGAGAAUCACAAGAUCUUUGUUGAUAUCGGGUAUGCCAUUGUCUGGCUAAUUCAUGUUGGGGAAGCACUUUACUGUCUCAAGCUGUGCCGGGACAAGGGCAUCACAGAUCCGUUGACCCAGUUCCGGUGGGUCGCUCAAACGUUUUGUUUUGGACUGACUUCCUUUUUCCUCUUGCUGAUUUACACCCCGCCGAAGGAAGAAGACGGCGCCAGUGGACGACUCGACCGGAAGAAAAAGGAACACUAAAAAAAAAUGCGGCCAGGGCUUUGGGUGUCGUUUUCUGCCUGAGGGUGGAGGUGUUGCGAACUACUUAGAUGCUUGGAAAAAGUUUCCCAUCUUCCAGAGGUGCCUCUUGGUAUUGCAGCUCUAGGGGAAGUGAAGAAAGGAGCUUAUGAAAUUCUUCUUGAUUAAACAGGGACCUUUAUAAUGUGGUCAGAGGAGGAAAAGCAAAUGUCCCCCGCUACCAGUGGCCUUAGAGGGGCAGGAGGGCGUACCACUAGAACUUCCGUUUCUGAGACGCGUGAUGUCUGGCUAAUGGCUAAUAUCCCCCAUCCACCCACCCGACACAGAGUUGCUGUGCCAUUAAUUUAGUGCCUUGGUGUCCUGCCCCCUUCCCCCAAGGGGCCCCGAGUGGCAGGCGUCAGCCCCACCGCCUCCGUUUUACCCUCACAACAACCCAGUGAGGUAGGUUACGCUGAGGGGGAGGAAAAAGCGGCCCAGGGGCCGAGUCAGGAUCUGAUUGACCGCCGCUGCUUCUGUCUCCAGAAGCAUCUCUGGGACCUGCAGUCUCAGGCUUUGCUUUCACCUCCCCUGGCAACUUGAGGAAUGGCGCCUCUGACAGCCCGAGAGUCUCCAUGUUUAUUAUUUCGCUGUUUAAAACCUUUAUCUCCUGCCUUUCCUCAUGGCUCAAGGCAGCUUUACAGCCGUCGUUUAAAACGUUUUCCGUUAAAAGCCAAAUAAAAUAGCAAACCCCAGAUCUCAAGCGGAAGCCCUGAUGUGUUUACUGGGACCUCCUCCACAGUAAGCAGGAUUCAGUGUUCCCUCUAAGCUGAGUUGGCAUGAGCUAGCUCCCAGUUUUUUAGCCUCCGGCUCACACGUUUUUGUCUUCGCUCAGGAAGGGAUGGCUCCAGGAUCGCAGGGUCCACAGCCUGUCGUCUUUGGGCCAAGCUGGGUACGACGGUGUCUUUGUGGCUGCCCUGUGAGGAUUUAGAGUGAUUUUAAAAUGCCAGAGCCCCGAUCCCCGCCGGGCCUGCAGUGCAGCGGGGUGAGGGGCUCUUGUUUCUCCCCCUCCCUCCUGCAUCUUACUAAGCACUAAAGGGGCUGUUUCCACUCUUGAAAACGCUUGGGGUGGAUGGGUGGGUUUAAGAGUGCAGCACUGCACGCCCGGUCAGGAUUGGGCCCUCGCAGCAUUUUAAAAUCAAUUUAAAAGGACGACGGCGCCCUUGCAGCGGUCACAAGAAUGCUAUCCUCUCUAGGUUGGCCCUUUCUUGCACUUUCCCCCCCACCCCCCCAGCACUUUAGUCUGGUCGCUAUGAAGUGAUAAACGUUGCACUAAACGUGCCGUACAGCCGGGUCCGUUUUUGUUAUGUGGCAGCUCAUCUCUGGAGUUCUGGGACCAAACUGGAUUCAGCCAGGAAGCAAGAUGAACACAGCGCAGUUGCAUUCUGGGAGAUCCCUCCCGGUGGCUGGAGGAGGCCCACUUUUGGCAGUCGGAGAGAGACGCCUCUCGUCGGGGACUGUGUCGAAACCUACGCCCUACUUUGGAUGGAGGCUAAGUUUGCAGAGCGGGCUUCCUUCAACCCUUCGACAUUCUCGGUCAGACUUCCAGGAACCCGCUGCUGCUGAGUGUGGACGGCUCCCCUCG